ACCGUCUGAUGGUCACCAACAAGGUGGCAGCUGCAAUCCGACAAGUUUUACAAGAGCAUCACAAAACGUUCGCCUACACGCUGCAAGAUCUGGGAAAGUGCACGCUGCAUGAAUUGGAACUGCCGCUGGACACAGAAGUGCCGGUCUACCAGCGGAGACGGCGGAUGAGUCCUGGAGACGAGGAGAUCUGCCGAAGCAAAUGCAACGAACUGCUGGAAGCAGGACUGAUACGCCCUUCCCAUUCACCUUACGCGGCAGCAACGGUGGUGGCAGCUCGGACCGACCUGACCGGAGAGGUGUUAGCAAGAAGAAUGUGCGGAGACUAUAGGGAGCUCAAUCGAGUGACGAAGGCGGACCGAUACAGCAUGCCAACUGCAGAAGAGAUCUUUGACAAGCUCGAAGGCGCAGUCAUAUUCUCAACCUUGGAUAUGCGGCAGGGGUUCAACCAAAUAAGGAUAAGGGAAGGAGACAAAUGCAAGACCGCUUUUCACGGAGUGGACGGCCUGUACGAAUGGAAUGUGAUGCCAUUCGGACUAAGGAAUGCGUCAGCUGUAUUUCAGAGGGUCAUGGAUCAAGCGCUGAAGACCGUGCCAACAGCGGCGUGCUACAUUGACGACGUGGUGAUAUUCAGCAAGAGUGAAGAAGAACAUGCCAAGCACCUGAAAGCGACAUUGGAUGCCAUAGCUGAUGCAGGGCUCACCUGUCACCCGGAGAAGUGUAAGAUAGCAAGGAAGACAGUGACGUACCUGGGAUUCGAAGUGCAAGGCGGAAGGAUGGGAAUUCAAGAGGCUAAGGUGGCUGUGUUAGACAAGCUGGGGGCACCAAAAGAGAAGGGGGCAUUGAGAGCACUACUGGGGUUCCUGAACUACUACCGGCGAUUCAUUCCCAACUUCAGCAAGAGAGCAUACCGGCUGGUCCCAGGGCACCAGUGAUAACCUACACAAGGCGGAAUGGGU